ACAUUCCUUAAUUCUGAAAACCCUAGAAGUCUUCAUUUAUAUAAAUAGCAAAGAGCAACCCCUUUUACGCCCUCCCUUCUUCACAGCAUUUUUUCCUCUCUUUGGUUUGCGCUUCAGCGUAAGUAUUCAGCAAUUUCAAUCCAACUUCCAAGAGAGAGAAAAAGUCUGUAACCAUGCUCGUUUACCAGGAUCUUCUUAGCGGUGAUGAGCUUCUUUCCGACUCAUUUCGGUAUGAAGAACUCUUUGACGGAUGCCUUUGGGAAGUAGAAGGAAAAUGGGUUCAACAAGGGCCCGUUGAUGUCGAUAUUGGAGCCAACCCAUCUGCUGAAGGUGGUGAAGAGGAAGGAGUGGAUGACCAGGCUGUCAAGGUCGUUGACAUCGUCGACACUUUUAGGCUUCAGGAGCAACCUCCUUUUGACAAAAAACUAUUUCUUGGAUGGGUAAAGAAAUAUAUUAAGAAUUUGACUCCCAAGCUGGAGCCAGAGGCAGCUGAGGUCUUCAAGAAAAAUGUUGAACCAGCAACCAAGUUCCUUUUGUCAAAGCUCAAAGACCUUCAAUUCUUUGUCGGUGAGAGCAUGGCUGAUGACGCUUCCAUGGUCUUUGCAUACUACAAGGACGGUGCUACUAACCCAACUUUCUUGUACUUUGCCCAUGGAUUGAAGGAAGUCAAGUGCUAAGGUGGAAGAUGAAGUGGUGUUUUCCCAAUCUUAGCCUUUUAACUAAAUUGUUUUGGUUAAAAUUUUAUCCUUUGCAGUAUUUUUGGUAAUUUCAGUGUUGGAACUUGAAAUAUUCCGAGAAUGCUUAUGUUCUGAGGAUGUAAACUUCUCGUGUUUUUUUACUGUUUUUUGUUGAGAGUUUUGGAUAUAUUAAAUAUUACUUCUGGUCUUGAAUUGACUCCCAACUAUUGGGCGUCUCUGUUUCAUUGCCAUAUUUAUAGUUAUCAUUAUUAUACUCUUGAA